AUGUUAAGCUUAUGGAGCACUUUCGAUUCCGAAGUGCGUUUCGAGAUCAGCCACUCAAGUACGAUUACGUGUGUUGCAUUUAAGCAGGCCAAGUCACGACGACUAUCGGAACUGUUUGAGGACAUCGAGGUUGACGCAGAAGAUCUCGCCGUAGGUGACGAUCUCGGGAAUAUUUGGUAUUACUCUGUUGAGUGGCCGCACGACGAAGCGAGAGAUCGCCUCGGCUGUAAUGGAAGAGUGACCUUACUUGCCAAAAUCUCGGCGCAUACUCAACAGAUUUGUGGUAUAGCCUGGUCACCAGACGGAGCAUAUUUGGCCACUGGCGGAAACGACAACGCAUGUCUCCUCUUUGAACUUUCUGACACCAUCCCUGCACGAGAGUUAGGUGUUUCUUCUAGAGCCUGCUUGCCGCACCAGAAUUGUCACCCGGAAGGAAUGAGUUGCCCGAAUUCAUUCUCGUGCUUCGCUGCCAAUGCUAGCCGGCGGAUCUUUAACCAGCGCAAUCUUUUAAGCAACCUGCUUCCGACCUGGACCACUUCACGGACUAGGUCACUAUCAUCUUCUCUCCCUUCUGUCUUGACCCAUACUGGAUCUGUCAUCUCAGGUGGUGACCGAACUGUUUUUGUUCCAUCGAACCGCCAAAAGCAUAGAUUGAUUCAUUCCGCAGCGGUUAAGGCUAUCGCCUUUGCACCCUGGCAGCCGUCUUUACUUGCUACUGGAGGAGGAUCUAACGACCGGGCUAUUCAUUUUUUUCAUACUCCUUCAGGUGCCUGCCUCGCUACUAUUAAUGUAUAUGCGCAGGUUACUAGUCUCAUCUGGAGCAAGACACGGCGAGAACUCGUUGCUACUUUUGGUUUCGCACAACCUGAACAUCCAUUCCGGAUUGCGGUCUUUUCAUGGCCAAGCUGUGAGCAAAUAGCAGCGAUACCGUGGGGACCCCAUGGGACUAGCUGGGAUAGACCAGCUAAUGACACUGUCGUUGAUUGUGGUCGUGCACUUUGCGCCGUUAGCUAUCCCGGACGACCUCCAACUUAUCUGCACGACGGGCUAGAUAUUUCGGAAGACUCUUCAAGUUCAAUCCCGCAAUCCCACGGUAGUUUAACGAGGCGAGGCCGGGACGGGACAUCUCGAUGUCUAAUCGGGCGAGUGCUUGUGCGUCCUCGAGCCAAAGAGGGUGGUUUGUGGUGUUCAAGGACUGUGGAAGAAGGAUGUAUCAUUGUCGCGUCUAGUGACCAGAGCGUCAAGUUCCACGAGGUGUGGAGCGGCUCUAAGAAGCACAAGUCCUCAGCGUCAGGCCCCUACGGGGGAAGUGAGAUACUUGAAGGGCUUGAAGGGCUCGAAAACCCGGGGCGCGAGAUAAUUCGCUGA